AGAGCUGAUGCAAAGUAUCCCUGUGUUCUUCCCAGUCCUGAUCACGGAACCUUCGUCGAGAGUUUGUCGCUCGACGUCGGGGACCGGUAGGAGGUGGACGCCCAGCCUGAGUCGGCUCAAUCUCCACGGCGUCAUGCGGACGGGCAUUCGGCACUGAGAACGGAUAAGAAGCCAUGGGCGGGUGUACAGUAGCUAAGGGCUCUGUAGGGUUCACACUCAGUCCACUUGAUGCAGGCUCCGUGGGCUCAUGAUACAAAAUGGGUGAAGGGAGCAUGUUGCUCCAAUCGUAUUGUAGGGAGUCCAUGUUGUGCGAGGUGCAAAUACAAGAAUGAGGUGUAUGAAAGAGAUGGAUUCGAGGAGCAGACGUGGAAGUCGCGACCUUAAAAAGCAAGGCUGGCCUCGUAGCCUUUCCUUUUGUCUGUGCUGCCCAGAUCGGUGUAAGUGCCGAAGUACGCACAAAAGUCCCUUCCAAUGCUCCCAGGCACCCUGGUCGGAGGCGCUCAACUGUUUGUCGGGCUGUACGCGCUCUACGCCCACGACCUGGAACUGCCAGCUGCCAAUACACCAGCAGGCAUCAGCGCCGGCAUUGCCAUUGUGGUCACAUGCAGGGGUUCUUCAAAAGGACCCAAAAGUCCUGCAUAAAAAGUCCGUGCGAUGGCCUCGCCCCGCGUUAGGUCAGCUAGGUCAGUCUGGUCAACACCGCCAGGCCGCGAAGCAUCCCACUCUGUGCCACAUUGAUCUUCGAUCUAUCGUCCGAACGUCAAAAGUCCCAAGUAACGGUACUUCUGUCUCCGAUACCCGACCUUUGCCUUUGACAUGUCGUAUGAGGCGGCCGAAAGCACCUGCAGCAUCCAAAAGGACCAUGAAGUCCUCAAAGGUACCGUUUCAUCCCGCUGCCGACGAGUGCUCCGCCAACAGUGCUAUUGUCUUGUACCUGGGAGCAAAGGUACAGGUUGGCGCAACUAUAAAUCUCUCCGUUGUCGAAGAUGUCGUCGCUUUACCAAGUCGCAUUGAGACACUGGCAUAUGACAGCUUGGCCACUACGCAUCUGCUACUUGAGCUGUUUACAGUCGGCAUUCCUUGAGAGCCUGCCCAGCAACAAUGACCAAGAACACCACUACGAACUUCGGUAAACCUCAUGGCCAACCUCAUCAUGAUAAUCUCCAGCAGGCUAGACAGGGGAAAAGAGACGAUUCAGCCGAUUUCCAGUGUCGUCAAAUCGAACGCGAUUGGCUUGGCCCUCGAGACUCCGUGAUACGGGGGCUGGAAAUAAUGCUAGGGGUGUUCAAUCUUUGAUGAU